UAUUUUGAUUUUAAGAGAUCAUUUCCGGUGCAUUUAUUGCUUGCUCCUCGGCUAAAAGACUACUGUGUGUGUGUGUGCUCACAAAAUAUCAUUAAAUGGUUCCGUUUGACUACGGGAUAUGAGCCUGUUUUCCCUGCGAAUAAGUGUGACACUGGGAUCGUUGUUUGAGUCCCGUCAUCAGUGAUGUCGCUGUUACAAAGUUUAAGACCUGCACUCACGUCGCUCCUUCAAGCAUCCCAGCAGACCUGCGCAUGGACACGCCCCCUGCUAUCAAGCACCAUGGCAACCCUCAACCAGAUGCACCGUAAAGGCAAACUCAAAGCUCCUCCCAAGCCUAUGGGGGCCACCUUUGGGCGGCCCCAGUUAAAGGCAGUCAUACUGAAGACCAUGAUCAGGAAACCCAAGAAGCCCAACUCUGCAAACAGGAAGUGUGCCCGUGUGCGCCUGUCUAACGGCAAGGAGGCGGUGGUGUUCAUCCCAGGGGAGGGGCACAACCUGCAGGAGCAUAACGUAGUCCUGGUGGAGGGGGGUCGCACGCAAGACCUUCCUGGCGUCAAGCUGACAGUGGUCAGGGGCAAGUAUGACUGUGCCCAUGUGGUCAAGAAGAAACAAUAGACGCAUUCGGCGGCACAACCGACUAGCCUGAUGGACUGUCUACUGACACAGUGUGUCAGUCAAAUUGUUUCUCGCCUUUUGUCUAUAUUUGGUCUGCUGUCAUUGGCAAACCUGAGCUCUGUUGUAUGACCUCAACACACACACACAGAAUGGGAUGGAAGAUGACGUCACUAUUGUGCAAAUUUUUUGUGUUUCAUUGUAAUAAAAACUUUAAAGAUU